GGUUUCUCCCGUUCACACACAGACACACACACAGCCUACUCUCCACGCUGCUGGUGCUCUACUGAAGGGGCGAAGGAGGAGGACAACGGCGUGUUGUUGAUCAAUGAGCCUUUGAUUUCCUGAUUCACAUUGUCAUUUGGAUUAAAUAACGGCGUGUCUUUUUGGACAUAUUUCCAGGCGAGAGCUGCGAUGUCGGAGUUUCUGGUGAAUCUACUCGGAGAGCGGCUCGUGAACAGUGAGAAAGCCGAGGUAGAUGUGCAAGCUCUGGGCAGCAAGCUGUCCCUGGUCGGGCUAUACUUCGGUUGCAGCUUGAACGGUCCUUGCAAGCAGUUCAACGCAAGCCUGUGUGAGUUUUACAGCAAGUUCAAGAAAACAUCAGAACAUAAAGACAAAUUGGAAAUCGUCUUCAUCUCGUCGGAUCAGGACCAGAAACACUGGCAGGACUUCUUACAAGAGAUGCAAUGGCUGGCGUUGCCUUUUAAAGACCGACACAAAAAGAUGAAGCUGUGGAAUAAGUACAAGGUGACCAGUAUCCCCUCGCUGGUGUUCGUGGACGCCACUACAGGGAAGGUGGUGUGUCGGAACGGACUGCUGGUGGUGCGAGACGAUCCGACAGGUCUGGAGUUCCCCUGGGGCCCCAAGCCCUUUGCGGAGGUGGUGGAGGGCCCCCUGCUCCGCAGCAACAUGCAGACCACAGACAGCAGCGGCCUCCACGGCUCAUACGUCGGGGUCUACUUCUCAGCACACUGGUGCCCUCCGUGCCGCAGUCUGACUCGGGUGCUGGUGGAGUCGUAUCGCAAAGUAAAGGAAUCCGGACAGAAGUUUGAGAUCGUCUUUGUCAGUGCCGAUAGGUCAGAAGAGUCCUUCACACAGUAUUUCAGCGAGAUGCCCUGGCUGGCGGUCCCCUAUUCAGACGAGGCCAGGCGGUCACGGCUCAACAGACUCUUUGGAAUACAAGGUAUCCCCACCUUGAUCCUAUUGGACGGCGAGGGUCACAUGAUCACGCGGCAGGGCCGGGUGGAGGUUCUGAACGACCCGGAGUGCCGUCUGUUCCCAUGGCACCCGCGGCCCGUCCUGGAGCUGAGCGAGGCCAACGCAGUGCAGCUGCACGAGGGACCCUGCCUGGUGCUCUUCGUGGAUGCGGAGGAGGAGGGCGAGCUGGAGCCGGCUAAGGAGCUGAUCCAGCCAAUAGCAGAGAAGCUGCUGGCCAAGUACAAGGCCAAGGAGGAGGAGAGCCCUCUGCUGUUCUUUGUGGCCGGAGAGGACGACAUGAGUGACUCGUUGCGCGACUACACCAACCUGCCCGAGGCGGCCCCUCUGCUGACUAUCCUGGACAUGUCGGCCCGCGCCAAGUACGUGCGCGACGUGGAGGAGAUCACCCCCGCCGUGGUGGAGCAGUUUGUCAACGACUUCCUGGCCGAGAAGCUCAAGCCGGAACCUAUUUAACCCAGCACAGAGUGAGAUGAGAUGGAACAGAGAACGGGGCGCUAGACACACACAAAAACAUCCAACCUCCCUCACGUCAGACAACUGCCACUGAUGCAACCUUGUCCACUUGUCCCAUAUACCCGUUGACGCCCCACACCCACGUGACGCCUCACACAUCCCCCUCAUGCCCAAUGAUGCCCCUUGUCCACUUGUCUACAUAUCCCGUGCUCAAUGAUGUCCCUUGUCCACCUUCCUUGUCCCCUUGCUUGUCCCCUGCCAAAUGAUGUCCCAUGGCCACUUGAUGUGUCCCAUAUCCAAUGAACUCCUUUGUCCACUUGCCCCAUGCCCAAUGGCGUCCAUUACCAACCUGCAAUCAUUCUAAUUCCCAAUUUCCCUGGCCCCCAAGUUAACUAUCAUGACCUGUGCUCCUCCAGACUGUUAAAGAGGCAAACAUUUUUUUCAUCCCUUCCAGAGUUUUAACCAGUCCUCUCUCUACUUUAUUCCUGUGGUGCCUUGCGUGUAAUAAAUUAAAGGAUAACUUCUGCCAAUUUCGACAAGCAGUUGUAAUGCUCACACUACCCUCGACUUAUCAGUACCUGAGAUUUUUUUUUCAGCCUUUUCCGAGAUCCUCGAGAUCUUCGUCAUUGUAAUGGGUGCAGCUUGUUUACAUUUCAAAAAAAUAUCUGUAUUUAUUCCCAAUAGCAUCCAAAAGGUUAUGCAACAUCAGUAGACAACCAGCAAACAGCGAUACCUUUUGGGAUAAUAUUUGGAGUAGGUUUUUCAUGUAAACAGAGGCUGCCCCCAUUACAAUAGCUUAGAUCUCUGAAAGGGCUGAGCCAGAAAAUGCACCAUCACCAGCAGUUACUGGCAAGUCAAGGGUAACGUGAGCAAUACAACAGCAUAUUGAAAUUGGCAGAAGUUCUCCUUUAAUGAUAGAUCCCAUCUGAGUCAAGUACAAAUAUCGCCCUUUGUUUGGUUUUUCCCCCUUCUCCUGUUCUAUCCUUCUGUUUGCGCCUCUUUCUUGCCUGGUGUUUCCUUAUGAGAAAUGCUUGUUGAUAUCCCCCACACAAACAAAGACUGAACGGACUUGAAUUUCAGUUUAUGCAUAUGUGCUUUGGCUUUUUCUUUUUUAAAUCAAUGUGACUUUUUUGUUUUCUUCUUAUUUUACAUGUGUCCAGAGAAAGAAUAAAAUGAUUGCAACAGA